AUGGUGCAUUACUUUUUGGGCUUCCUCGUCUUCGUCAUCUACACCAUCAUUAUCUUUAUCAUCAUCGCCACCGUCUCUACCGAGCUCUACUGUACCAUUACUCCCAUCCCUUGCCCGCCGAACGAGGCACCAGUGCUGGAGAACGAAGAUUUGUACAAGCGCAAGGCUGGAGAAGAGAUCACCGAGCAGAUGUACAACUUCAAGGACAAAGAAGGCCCGCCCUCUGCAAGAGCUAUCAGCUUUCGUUUCGGUCUGAUGGGCUCUUUCGCCUGGUCUUCUUGUGCUACUUUGCCACAAAUAGUAACAUACUAG